AAUGAAAUGUUAAAAGACACACAAACAUUGCAAUCUGCAAACCUCAAUUAGAGAAAAAAAAAGUAAAAAAUGAAGGUUGCAGCUACCAUGUUUCAAAUCCUUCCAUUGUUCUUCCUUUCUCUUUUAAUCCUCAACACUCAGCCACUUCUAGCAGCUGAACCAGAACCAGAACCAGUGGUUGAUAAGCAAGGUAACCCUCUAGAACCAGGAGUAGGGUACUAUGCUUGGCCACUCUGGGCUGACAAUGGAGGCCUCACACUUGGUCGCACAAGGAACAAAACAUGCCCACUUGAUAUAAUCCGUGACCCUUCUAAAAUUGGGACACCUAUUGAAUUUCAUGUAGCAGAUUCAGAUCUUGGUUACAUUCCAACACUCACUGAUCUCACUGUGGAAAUGCCUAUAUUGGGUAGCCGCUGCCAGGAACCAAAAGUGUGGAGGCUCUUGAAGGUGGGGUCAGGGUUCUGGUUUCUGAGCACUGGUGGUGUUGCUGGGAACCUUGUUAGCAAGUUCAAGAUUGAGAGGCUUGCAGGAGAACAUGCCUAUGAGAUCUAUAGUUUCAAGUUCUGUCCCUCUGUGCCUGGUGUUCUGUGUGCUCCUGUAGGGACCUAUGAAGAUGCUGAUGGGACCAAAGUUAUGGCUAUUGGGGAUGACAUUGAAACAUAUUAUGUGAGGUUUCAGAAGGCUUCUUCUACAUUAGCUCAGAAGAAGAACCAGGAUCUUAGCAGUGUGUAAGUUUGGGGGGUUUUUGUUUUUGUGGUGAGUGUGUGCUGAAAACCAUAAUAAGAAAUUUCCUUUUCUUGGUUCAUAUUGAGCAGAAAGAUGCCUUGUACCAAUGUACCUGUUUGAUGAUUUGCCAACUUCUUUUUCAUGUAGAAGUGAAAUGGAAUUUAAAUUUUUAACUGAUUCCAA